AUGGAUUCGAAAGGUUAUGAUUCUUCAAAAUCGAAUCCAGAAAUUCACUUUGCUAAAUUUGUUCAAUCUCGAAUACUUCUUGUGGAUGAAUUCCUUCAACUAUUGGAGAAGACCAAGGCAAGUUUAGAUGAUGCCCAUUCAAUCGCUUUGCAAAUUAAUGAUUCGACAGAGUCAUUUAAGAUGUAUGUGUCUGAUUCGGAUGUUGAAGAUGAUGUUCAUCAAUGUUCUCACCCCAAUCACUUUGCAGAUGGAACUAGUUUUUCAGAAGGUAAAACCACCACAAUAGUUGAGGAGAAGCCUGUUGUUGUUGGUGAAGCAAUUUCUCGCCCAAAUGAUGAAGUCGUGAACGAGAUGUUGAAGAUUUUUGUGCCAAGUCUGUUUACCGAAAAGCUCUCGGCUAACGUGACAGAUUUGCUUUGA